CCUCUCCCGUGCUAGACGCAAAGAACAAACGCCAUCUCCGCUCGAAUAAGAGGCGGAACUGAGAAGCCCUUCCACCACUCUCCAGCAACGUAACGACACUUAAAUUAACUUUUCCUUUCAUCAUCCCAUUUGAAGUUCGUGAAAACAGAUUUGGGUUCGUUUAAUUAAUGGUUGCAGAAGUAAUGGAAUGGGAGCUCAAAAGAGCAUCCAUGCAGGCAAAGCCAAGAUAGAUGUAAAUGUGGAUUUCACUCACAAGCUAUGUGCAGCUUUAAUGCUUCCUCCAUUCAGGGAUUCUGGCCAUCCAUUUUCUCAGAUAAUUGGAAGUCUUUGUAUCAAACACCCCAGUUUGUUUGGCGGAAGUGAGAAGCUUGACGUGUCCGUGGAUAAGGGACUGUAUGAUUCUAAUAUCUUGAUAGCUUUCAGAAGGCCGAGACCCCAGGGUGUCGCCCAACAGUCUUUCGUUAUUCAGCACUCAAUCUCUCCCGAGAUUGGAGUCCAUGGGUUGCCCAUCGACAAUUUCUCCCGCUCAGGAAGUGGGGGUAUCAAUUUGUGCCGCUUGUCAGCUGGAGUUGAUGUAAAUGAACCUGCAAGUUCAAAUUGGACCAGCACCACUAGCAUAAAGUUUGAGCAUGUCAGACCAAUUAAUGAUGACGGCCGCUUCAUAAGCAGAGACCUUGACGGGUUUCCUGUGACCUGCAGUGGCACAUCACACGAUAGUAUGGUAGUUCUGAAGCAGGAAUCUCAUUAUGUGAAGGCCAAUGAUCAUAGUUUCUCGCAAUUGAAACUUCAAAUGGAACAAGGCAUUCCUGUUCUAUCCAAGUGGCUAAUCUUCAACAGAUUCAAAUUUGUUACAUCAAAGGGGGUUAAACUUGGGCCUGCAUUUUUCUUGGCAAGCCUGACAGGUGGUUCCAUUGUAGGGGACAUGGCACCUUACCAAGCAUUUGCAAUUGGCGGUCUUGGUAGUGUUCGAGGAUAUGGUGAGGGUGCUGUAGGAUCUGGGAGAUCUUGUCUCAUCAUGAACAAUGAAUUAACAGUCCCUUUGAACAAAAUUUUGGAAGGUGCUGUUUUCAUGGAUUGUGGUACGGACUUGGGCUCUGGUCGCCUUGUUCCAGGAAAUCCUUCUCUUAGGCAUGGAAAACCUGGGACUGGAGUUGGAUUCGGAUAUGGUCUUCGGUUAAAGUCUAACUUUGGUCAGUUUCAGAUUGAUUAUGCCAUUAAUGCCUUUCAACAAAAGACUGUCUACUUUGGCAUCAGCAAUGUUGUGGGAUGAAGGUUACGUUGUUCCAAGAAGAUGUAUGCUUCAUAUUGAAUUUUCGUGGUCCAUUGAAAAAUAUCAUCAAGGACAAUCAUAUGUCAAACAGUUCUUUGAGGAAUGACUUAGGGGGAUUGAAACCUUUAUCCCUCGAGGCUGAAAAUACCAGACCUGUGGUUUGGUUCUAUGUCACAACACUUGUGCCUCCAAAUUUGAGUAAAUAUUAGCACAGAGUGGUUUCAAUUU